AUGCCCCGGCUUCUGGCCUCACCGCAUCUCGCCGCUUCUCACGCCGCGUCACCGCGAUUUCCUCCUUCCCGAGUCUUCCAAUCGCGCGCUUCGAAUGCGUCAGGCGGAUGUUUAGGCGGAAAAUGGGCGGAAACUCUUACUCUCCGCCGCGACAUUAGCUCGGGGGGCGACUGGGGAAACCGCGGAAGACAAGGGAGUGUGGAGAGCUAUGCGGGGCGGAGUUGGGGGGAAGGGCGGAGCAGGCGGAGAGGGGUGUGUUGCUCAACGGGGACAGGGGGGAAGGGAUUCGGAGGGGGACAGGGGACUGGGGAAAGCGCAGGCGGGGCGAAAGGGAGCAGUGCAGCCAAGAAGGACGAGAAGAAGCAAGAGAGCGGCGCGUUUGGCGGCUUGGACUGGAGAGAAGUGGCCCGCCCUGCUCUUCCCAUGCUGGAUCUGUCCAAACCACGGGGACAAGGGCGCGUUGCUAGAGGAGGUGCUAGCAGAUGGCAUCAGGAGAAGCCAAAGGUACACCCACCCACCAGCCUUUCCCGGUCGACCUGCCUUGUGCACAUGUUCAUGUCCGCUGGUCCCCUCCCCCCCACAUUCACACACACCAUUCCGGUUUCCCACCUGCAACCCACUUUCUGUUCGCGCAGAGGUGGUCGCGCGCGUGACGUGUGGAUGGUGAUGGAGCCGGCAUUCCUGGACCAUCCCUCGCUGGCAUCACUCAGGGCGGCCAUUCGCCCACCCACCGCUGCUAUUGUCUCCACCAAUGGCGACUGGAUGCUUACCAUUGUGCACGAAAUGCUGCCACAGGCUACCAUCGGCAAGUUCUACGCCCCAACACCACAACUGCCUGACCCGCUCAAGUCCAAGCUCACUCCAGGGGACGUUGCCUUGGGUGGUGGAGGUAUCUGGCACUGA